CAAAGCAUUUUUACCCCAUGGAAAGCACUUCUCAGACUGUCAAACUUUAAGAGAGUAUUCAGUUCAACAAUUUGGAUGUAAUGCAUAACUUGAACCUAAAAUACACUGACAAAAGAGUAACUAUAGAUAAGGAUAUCAGGUUUUUCAGUGAAGAGCUUGGAAUCUGCUAAAAAGUCCCAAAGAAAGUGUUCUCCAGAGUCCAGGCACGAGCAGAUCUUUCAGAUCACUGAAAACCACGUACAUCGUUCUGGGCAAGAAUGGAGAUUUUGCAGGCUACUUUUUUUUUGUUUGUGUUUGUACCUUUGGUUAAUCCAGCACCACCUCUAAAGCAAGAAUCACUCCAGUUUUAUGAGUAUGAUACAGAUGUUUCCAUGAGAAGCCUCACCCAACAAGAUUAUGAAAUGCAAUCCAAGGAUAUAAGAAAGGAUGGAACAAAUGUUUCUCCUGACACUACCCUAAUGCUGCAAAGAGAUGACAGCCAACUCGAUGUCCCACCAACAAAGGACACAAACCUGCCCACGUGUUUGCUGUGCGUGUGCCUGAGCGGCUCCGUGUACUGCGAGGAGAUCGACAUCGAGGCCGUGCCCCCCCUGCCCAAGGAAACCGCUUAUCUCUAUGCUCGGUUCAACAAGAUCAAAAGGAUUGCAGCCUCGGACUUUGCCGACAUUACUACCUUAAGAAGAAUUGAUUUUAGUGGAAAUAGGAUAGAAGAAAUAGAAGAUGGAGCCUUUUCAAAGCUUCUGCUGUUGGAAGAACUUUCUCUUGCUGAAAAUCGACUUGUAAAACUUCCUGUUCUACCUCCCAAACUAACAACAUUUAAUGCAAAUCAAAACAGAAUCAAGAGCAGAGGAAUCAAAGCAAAUGCUUUCAAGAAGCUGACAAAUUUGGCCUACCUCUACUUAGGACACAACGCACUGGAAUCUGUCCCGCUGAACUUACCGGAGAGUCUGCGCAUUCUUCACCUUCAGUACAACAACAUCACCACCAUCACGGAUGACACGUUCUGCAAGUCCAACAACACGCGCUACAUCCGCACGCGGAUGGACGAGAUAAGGAUGGAGGGCAACCCCAUCGUCCUGGCCAAGCACGUCAACGCCUUCUCCUGCCUGAGGAUGCUGCCCGUGGGAACGUACUACUAGCACUGCUCAUGCCACCCCACAUGCCAGAGCCAGGCAUGCUAACAAGGAUCACUCUGUUUACAAGUUCAUAUCCUCUCCCUUACUAAUGCUCUUUUCUCUGCAUACCCAGGACCUUCUGCUAUGUUGCACCGUUCUCCUCUGAAAUAACCAUUUCAAACCAGUCACUUUAGUAGCUAUGGUGUCCCUCAUGCUUUCAGAAUCUUUUCUGCUAAUGAAAGUGUAAAAAUAUAUAUAUGCACACACAUUAUCUCAACUUUUAUUUCACCACAUACUCUUUAGAUAAAAUCACACAAAUCUGUUUCUUCUCAUUCUUUACCAGCACUUAGAACAAACAGCACAUUUUACUUUCAAAUAAAUGCAAGAUUUUCUUUGAGCAAACCAAAGAGGAAAAAUACUUCUGAAUUCUAAUCCCACUCUUUUAAUCUGGAGUGAAAUCUUUUCAGUUGACCUUCAGAAGUGUAUUGGAUGAAGAUGCAGAUGAAAAAAAGUUAUGUUUAGAAACAGAACUUCUCAAAGCUUAAAUUCAUUAACAUUUCCUUAAAAAUUUGAUUUGUGGUAAAUGAAAAUAACUCCUAUUUAGGUUUAGUACACCAAGCAACAUAGUUGCAACUUUGCAAAGAUGUUUUAGAUUUCCUUCUACUAUUCUGCUUUGAAAAUAACAUGUUUUAUUUUUACACAAUGUAUUUUUAAGUGAAAUAUAUCUGUUUUGCUGUGCUGUUCUCACAAGAGCUGUUUUUGCAACCCCAGCUUCCUAUUUUAAAACGGUCUACAUACAGCAUAACAGACUCAAAUACCUUUGUUAUUAACUAAUGAUGUAGAGCAAGCCUUGGUUCCACAGCUUCUCCUGACACGAAAUGUGACAAUAUAGUUAGGAGCAAAGCUGAAUUCAUGUGUUUACCUUUAAAUAAAGUAUGAUUUCAUCUA